AUGGCUCAGAAGCCUUUCAACGUCGAUCAAAGCCUUGCUCCCCACGACCAGGUGCUGGCGUCAUACUUUGCCCAAUUAGACCUUGAGAACAAUCAGGCUCGAAAUGCAGGCACCACUCCUACAACUACCGCUCAAAUUGCCCACGACGGUGGCCUUGGUCAUGCCAGAGGGGCGACCAGAGGAAGUCGAAGCGGAGACAUGGCUGGAAGAGUCCUAGCUGGAAGCUCCCACGAAGAUUCCUUCAACAAUGGCACUUCCCAUAUUGCCAGUGUUGGACAGCUAGUUCCCAUUCACACAGAACCUUCCAUUGCCAGUACAACGACCACAAGAGGCCAAUGCAGAGGCUUUGAGGUCAUGCGAAUGGUUGCUGACAAGCAGCAACAUAUUAGGCGGGCACCACAUGAAGAAGCUAUCUUACGCUUUGCUCGAGAUCUGUACGACUUUUCACCCAACUACCAGGGUGAUCCACUGAACAUGCAGAAUCAAAGUGCUCAAAUCAACAACAAUGAGAAUACUGCCCUUUGGCUCACCGGGCUUCCAACCAAUUGCACUUACAAGAUGCUACUAGAGGCCAUCGCAAGAUGUGCCCCUAUAGGCAAAGUGUUUUCAACAGUCAUCAAUGCCGCAAACCCGGCUGCAAACAUGCCUUUUGCAGCAGCCAAGGUAGUCUUCUUCAACCGAGUUGCAGCUGCAAAUUGUCUCCGAGCAAUUGUUCAGGGAAGGGUCGUUGUUGGAGGACGUCGUCCUUCGGCCAGAUGGAACCGGAUCAAAUCAGCAUCGCAGCCAGACACCAGUAGGUCCCGGGUCAUUUUGAUCCGGGGUCCAUCUUCGCUGAUUAGUCGAGAUGCGUUGGAAUCUUGGUUCUCCCAAUGCUUUCGAUACCAGACGGAGGACAUCUUGGUCCACCCGAGACAAGCCGGGGUUACAACGCUUGAGUGGCGGUUCGGAAGCUACCGAGCUCAAGCGACAUCCGCGGCUCAGGUACUCAGUCGGGUGAAGUUGGGCAACACGAAGUUGGAAUGGCGUUGGGGAUUGGACCCUUGCGCUUGA